UCCGGUCUUCCCUCCUCUCCGACGUCUCUCGGAGUUCCGCCCGAACCUGCGGCUCCGAGUCCCGCUGCAGCUCAACAACUGCCUCGGAGCAACAUGGCGGCGGUUCGAAGUUUCUGCGGUCAGACGGAGCUCAUCAUGGCGGCGGCGGUGGAGUGUGUUGUGUGUGUCCUCCAGGAGACACUGGGACACACGGACAGGGAGGACACCGGGAUUCAGCUGAACACCGUCCUCAGCGUAAUGUCAAGAGAGGCUGUUCGUAAAAUCUGCAGAGUUUUUACAGAACUGUAUGUGAGUUUAGAGAAAGAGAACAAAGCUUGCAAGGACGAAGUGAAACAUCUGAAGUCUGAACUGAAGAGCCAGGAGAACUUUGCAGCCAAGAACUGCCAGACUCAGACACUCUAUAAGAUCAAACCAGCAGAUGGGCGUGCUCUGUCGCUGGACAUCGACCAAUCAGCAGGUAACCCUGCUGCUCUCGCCAUGGCCAUCCUCAAGUCCACUAAAACAAUAUGUGGCGGCCCCCAGGUCCCCCUGGUCAUCAUCAGCCAGCCGCUCGCCUCACCAAUCACAGGCCAGAGCAGCAGUGGCCCCCAAGUGCUGCAGGAGAGACCAGAUGGGCCCCCUCCUGACAUCGAGACUGAGGUGGUUUUAGAAUCGAUUCAAAAUCGAUCACCAGAUUUGAUCCAGUCCUCUUCACACAUGACAUCACUUCCUGUGGUUAAUGAUCAGCCAAUUGGUGAGCUCACAGGUGAAUCAUUGAACGUCAGUGAAGAUCUGGCUACACCUGAAGAAGAACCAGCUGUGGAUAAAUCGUUGAUGAAGAGAGAAACUGUUGAAGAUGAAGAUGAGACGAGGAGUCGACCAGGGCUGACUGAUGACCAGCAGAGGGAGGCAGAGCGGAGGAGGAGGAGGGAGUUGUACAGACAGAAGAGGUUUUUCUGUGAACUGUGUAACAAAGGUUUUCAUCAGAAACAUCAGCUGAACAAACAUGCGUCGUGUCACCUGAAGCCGUUUCCAUGCAGCUUGUGUGAUAAAGGUUUCUACAAAAUCACCACGCUGCACAAACACCAGCUGAGCCACCAGCUGAGGGCGGCGCAGGAGAAUGACCCCGACAAGCUGCUGCGUUGUGACCAGUGCGACAGGAAGUUCAGACUUCUGCGACAGCUCAGAGCCCACCAGGCUGCCCACCGGCUCGAGAAGACGCCACUUGGCUGCUACGCCUGCGACCGCACCUUCACCUCCUCUAGUGCUCUCCGCUAUCACGAGUUGUCGCACGCCAAAGUCAAGCCCUUCAUGUGCGACGUCUGCGGGAAGAGUUUCACACGGAAGAAGAGCCUCCGAGAGCACCAGACCGUUCACACCGGUGCCCGCCCGUACAUGUGUCAGACUUGUGGGAAGAGCUUCUCCACCGCCAGCAACCUUCGCGUUCACAAGAGAUCACAUUCAGAUGAGCGACCGUUCAAAUGCAGCGAGUGCGACAAGGCCUUCAAGUGUCGCAUGGGUCUGCUGCAGCACGCCAUCGUCCACUCUGGAGAAAAACCCUUCAUGUGUCAGACCUGCGGCCUAAGCUUCGGACUCAAGUACAACCUGCAAAGACACCUGCGGCUGCACAAUGGAGAGAAACCUUUCAGGUGUGAUCAGUGCGGGGAGGGGUUCACCGGGACCUGGGCUCUGAAGACUCACAUGCUGGUUCACGGAGUGGAGAAGCCAUUCAUGUGUGAUUUGUGUGGGAAGACGUUUUUCUACAACUGUCAGUUGCAGAAACACCAGCAGCUGGUUCAUCACAGUAAAGACGGAGGGAUGGACAGAGGGAAGGGAAGACGCAGUUCGUCCGGGGUCAAACCAUUCUGCUGUAAAAUCUGUCUGAAGAGCUUCAGCAGCAGCACCACGCUGAGGACGCACGAGAAGAGUCAUGCAGAGAACAAGCAGUUCACCUGUGACACCUGUGGGAAGUCGUUCCACCUACGACACAUGUACCUGUACCACAUGAGGCAGCACAGCGGCGACCGGCCGUACGUCUGCGGCAUCUGUCAGAAAGGGUUUCUGCUCUCGUCACAGCUGAAGCAGCACCAACUGCUGCACACUGGAGUCAAACCUCACCGGUGUGAACAGUGUGGGAAAGAAUUCAGGACGCCACAGAACUACCACCGCCACCUGCUGGUCCACACUGGAGAGAAACCCUAUCAGUGUGUGGUGUGCAGCAGGAAGUUCAGGCAGUCCAACCAGCUCAAGUCUCACAUGCAGAUCCACACGGGCGUGAAGCUCUACUCCUGUGACCGCUGCAGUCAGGGCUUCUCCGACUCUCGGCAGCUCAAGAAACAUUGUUGUGGAGACGACGGCCUGAACGACCUCGAGUCCGGCAACAAACAGAGGAAACACAGGGACGAGUUCCCAUGGACACAAGAGUUUACAAACAGUAACAGCUGAAAGGUUUCUUAGAGAUCAAUAAAGAUUUGGGAUAAAUGGCCUCAAUCUGCGUCAGCCAUGACUUCAAUGAAAGAUGGACCACAUGACAGCUCCAUCACCCCCUGGUGUCUGGCUGCAGUAUAGGUCAUAAACCUCCUCCAUGUUAGCAGAUGGGACCUGGACCAAACAAAAAAAAUCAAUGACGACGUUUAAUAAAUGUUUGUCAAAGAUGUUUCUGUCAUUUCAGGUCGUUCUUAUCUCACUGAUGUUGGUUCAAGUGUUUCUGAUCAGUUUGGUUUGAAUUAGUUAUUUGAUGAUAUAAAAACAGGCUGAGACGUCAUGAUUGGUCGAAUCCAUUCCACGACCUUUACUGCACAGACUGACUGCAAAUUACAUCAUCAACACAAGAUAGCAGCAUUGGUAUCGGACGUAUCGUCCAUCUUUAUAUACAUUCACUGAUUGUAUACAUAGUGAUUGAUCGUCUUUAUAUAGAUUUAUUUAAAUAGCAUCAGUGUGAGAAGAGAACACUUGUUUUCUUUGUGUUUAUAUUACUUUUGUUUUAUUUUUUUAUGAUAGAAACGAAUUUCCAGAGAAAUAUUUUCCUCUGAAUGAUUCAGUUCAUGUGAAUAAUGAAACAUUUCAUUUGUUUUGAUCGAUCACAUUCGCUUGUAUGUUUAUAAAUAUGUUUUUCUCAUAAAAUAAAUAAACAUCUAGUUUCAGAAA